CUAACAACGACGCUUAUAUACACGUUGCUCCUAAUUUUAGCAAGGAAAUUUGUAGUUUUUUUUAACUGAAAUGUGUGACGUAGCCACCGUUAAAAAGAUUGCCAAUUGCCUGGGAGUAUCUCCAGGUCAGGUGAAAUUAAAUGAUGAGCAGGUCGUCACGCGUAUCAGCAAGAACAAAUCUGUAAACGGCUUUGCUUCUAUUCUGGAAACCCUGGCGCUGGAAUCCACAUCAGAGACGGCCCUGAACAGUAAAUCUAGUCGAGAAGUUGAGGCUCAGGUCUAUCAGUGGAUUGAAUUCGCCGUGCUCUAUGUGGCUCCCGGAUCCAAGGAUAAAUACGUCGCCAAGCAAUUACUGGCGGACUUCAACAGGCUUUUCAUCAAUAAAUCAUAUCUGGUCGGUCACUUCAUCACACUGGCAGAUUUGGCUGUCUAUUAUGCCAUCUACAACUUGGUGAAAUGUCUUACCCCCGUGGAAAAGGAAUCCUAUUUGAAUCUGUCGCGUUGGUUCGAUCAUUUACAGCAGCGGCCAGAAGUUAACCAGGGAGAACCCCUGCUUAAUUUUACCACCAUUUAUUUGCAUGGCUGGGCCACUGGCACCCACAUCUAAUCUACUCUGCUAAGAGAUAAACUUAGAUUUAUUUAUUUCAUUAUCUAUUGCAUUUCACAAUAUGUAUGUAGCUUUUGUGUGUGAUUUAACCAUUUAAUGCCAAUGAGAUUUAGUUUGUUUGCUUCGGAAUAUAGAUUAUCUCCAUCCCUUAAA